AUGGUGGAUCUACAGGAGAUCCGUCUUUAUCUAUAUGGAUGGUCCGGCAUAUCGCUGGGCAUCUUUAUGAUUAUAUCAUAUGUUCUCUCAAAAGCCAUACACAAUGUCUUCUUGCAUCCUUUGAGUCGGUUUCCUGGACCAUUAUCUCAUGCGGCAUCACGAGUUCCUUACUUUUGGCGUUCAAUCAGAGGAACACUCCCUUUUGACAUGCUAGAAAUGCAUAAAAAAUAUGGGGAUAUCGUGCGGGUCGCGCCAGAUGAACUGGCCUUCUCUCAUCCAGAUGCUUGGAAUGAAAUUAUGGGACACAGACAAGGUGCGCUGGAGAUGGAAAAGGCAUCGUGGUUUUACCGCCCCAUUGAGGAGGAUCCGCUGCACAUCGUGAACGAAAGUCGUGAGCAGCACGGCCGCCUGCGUCGACAAAUGGCUCAUGGGUUCUCUGAAAAGGCAUUGCGGGAUCAGGAGCCUCUAAUACGAGGUUAUGUAAAUCUCUUGCUACAGAGGCUGCGCGAGAACAGCCAGGGUGGCCAGCCAGUUGUUCUCUCAGACUGGUAUAACUAUACCACUUUUGACAUCAUCGGCGACCUGGCCUUUGGGGAGUCUUUUGGCUGUCUUGAAGGGUCUGUCUAUGAUAAUUGGAUCAAAGGAAUCUUUGCUGCCGGUCGCAUAGGCACAAUCCUUCAGGGGUUGGCUUUCGUCCCCUGGCUAAAACGUCUUCUCAUGUUGAUAGUACCUAAGUCAGUCCAGGAAGCUCGUAAUACCCACAAGAAACUUACAGAGGCAAAAAUGUCCCGCCGUAUGGCUACUGUCGAUGGACGGCCGGAUAUAGUGGAUGGACUUUUGAAAAGGAAGGAGGAAUUGAGCUUGAGUGUUCAUGAGCUCAUCUCCAAUGCUGAGAUCCUGAUCAUCGGGGGCUCAGAAACGACGGCAUCUCUACUAAGCGGCGUUACGUACUUGCUUCUCGAGAGCCCUGAGGCAUAUCGGCAAUUAGUUAACGAGGUUCGAUCAACUUUCGAGGAUCAAAACGACAUAACUUUAGUCACUGUCAAUAAAUUGACGUACAUGCUGGCAUGCCUCGAUGAAGGGAUGCGCAUGUAUCCGCCCAUCGCCAAUGGCCUUCCGCGAGUCGUUCCAAAGGGCGGUGCACAGGUUCUUGGAGAGUGGAUCCCGGAGAAUACCUAUGUUGCGGUUCACCAAUGGGCGCUCUAUCAUCGCGAAAAAUACUUCAUGGAGCCCAACACUUUCCACCCUGAGCGGUUUCUUUCCAGUCCCAAGUUCUCUACUGAUCGACGGGAUGCCCUUAGGCCUUUCCAUACGGGUCCAAGAAAUUGCCUCGGACGGAAUCUUGCGUACAGUGAAAUGCGUCUCAUUCUAGCCCUAAUCACUUUCAACUUCGAUCUGGAGAUUUCCGAUGAUUCCCAUGACUGGAUUAAGCAGAAGAACUUUUUGAUGUGGCAAAAGGGGCCGUUGAAGGUUCAUCUCAAGCCAGUGAUCAGAUAA